ACUUUUACUCAAGUGAUUCUUCAACAACUUUAUUCACAACUCACAAGACCCAAAUCAAACACUACAUGUGCGUGAGUGCCGAUUUCACUCACGCCUACAAAACUCCAGCCAAUUCCAAGCCCAAACACUUCAGCUCCGAAUGUCUCCUAUCUUUCUUAAAAUCCCAGAAUCCCCACACCUCUAAUCUCACAAGCUGACAUUAAAAAUUGGAUUUCCAAAUCAAAUUUGAGCAAGCCCAGCCAGCGAGAGCAUUAGCGUCUAAGCUUAGUGGAGAAGUGCGAGAUUGUCUAUUUGACGAUGGAGCUUCAACAUUGGCGGCAUUGGCAGCAUCCGUUGGUCUUUAAUGAAGAUGAGAGAAGUGGAGAUCUUUGUUGGGGGUGCUGUGAACCAGUAUUUGGUCCUAGCUAUAGUUGUAUAGAAAGCGAUUGCGAUGAUUACUACUAUCAUCAUAAAUCAUGUGCUGAACUACCCCUUGGGUUGCACCAUCCCUCACACCCAAAUCAUCCUCUUAUUCUCUUCGACAUAAAAACAUAUCGGGACAACCAUGAAGAAUUUGACAAAUUCAGCAAAUGUGAUGUCUGCGGAGAAAAGAGUCUUGAAUACACUUAUUGUUGUUACCGUUGCAACUUCAACAUUCACAUCAACUGUUCUUCUUUAUCUCUCACCAUCCAAACUGAAGUCCAUGACCACCAAUUGACCCGCAGCAUUUGGAGGCUGUUGAAUUUCACUUGCGACUUCUGUGGCAAAGAAGGCAAUCUGCCCUAUUUUUGUUUCCAAUGCGAUUUCACUAUACAUUCACGUUAUGCUGCUUGCCCACGCAGACUGAAAGUUUUCCGUCACAACCACCCUCUCCACCUCACCCCUUCUCUUGAAGUCCAUCAAUCCGACUCUCCAAUUUGUCUACUCUGUGUUCGAAAAGUGGAUACACUCUGCCUUUACUAUUGCUCAAGAUGUGAUUUUGCUGCCCACCUCUAUUGUGCUAUGCUCUACGGAAACAGGGAGUUCAUAAAUUUGCAGGAACUUAAAGAGGAGCAGUCCACCGAGUCAAAAACUGAAGAUCCAGAGCUCCAUCAAUCCUUUGACUCAAGAAUUUGCAAAGUCAAAAAAACCACUGUGGAGGAGGACGGAACUGAAAUAGCCACAGAAAUCAAACACUUCAGUCAUGCACAUGAUUUGAAGCUUACUGAUGGGAUUCCGAAUAACACAAAAUGCAACGGGUGUGUACAAUCCAUUCUCUCUCCAUUUUAUAGUUGUACCCCGUGUAGCUUCUUUCUUCAUAAAUCUUGUUCUAAAUUACCCAAAAUAAAACGACACCCACUUGAUCAACACCCUCUCACCCUCAGUUAUGAGCAAGCUUCUUUUUAUUGUGUUGGCUGUGAACAGACAUGGAAUGGCUUAAAAUACAGCUGUCAGAUAUGCAACUUUGAUUACCAUGUUCAAUGUAUUUUAUUAUCAGACACCCUUACUCAUCCCUGUCAUGAGCAUCAUCUUUACCUCUCCAAGACAAACCAUAGACAGAAGUGUAGUAGUUGUAAUUCUGAAAGUUAUUUUGUAUUCUGUUGUUCCACUUGUGAAUUUGUUCUGGACUUUAAAUGUGCUACACUACCACAAACCACAUGGUACAACCAACAUGAACAUCCCUUCACUCUCUGUUAUACUCCUGAAGAUGACUCCGGUAAAUAUUAUUGUGAUAUUUGUGAAGAAGAACGAGAUCCCAAGCAAUGGUUCUACUACUGUACAGAGUGCAGCUUUCCUGCUCAUUGCAACUGUAUUCCUGGGGACUUAGAAAUUUGCAAAGUCAUAAAAACUUCUGUGGGAGAAGAUGGAACUAAAACAGUCACAAAAAUCAAACACUUCAGCCACCGACAUAAUUUGAAGCUUACUAAUGAGAUUCCAAAAAACAAAAAAUGCAACGGGUGUGUACAAUCCAUUCUCUCUCCAUUUUACAGUUGUACCCAGUGUAGCUUCUUUCUUCAUAAAUCUUGUUCUGAAUUACCCAAAAUAAAACGACACCCACUUGAUCAACACCCUCUCACCCUCAGUUAUCCGCAAGCUUCUUUUUACUGUGUUGGUUGUGAACAGACAUGCAAUGGCUUAAAAUACAGCUGUCAGAAAUGCAACUUUGAUUACCAUGUUCAAUGUAUUUUAUUAUCAGACACCCUUACUCAUGCCUGUCAUGAGCAUCAUCUUUACCUCUCCAAGACAAACCAUAGACAAAAGUGUAGUAGUUGUAAUUCUGAAAGUUAUUUUGUAUUCCAUUGUUCUACUUGUGAAUUUGUUCUGGACUUUAAAUGUGCUACACUACCACAAACCACAUGGUACAACCAACAUGAACAUCCCUUCACUCUCUGUUAUACUCUUGAAGAUGACUCCGGUGAAUAUUACUGUGAUAUUUGUGAAGAAGAACGAGAUCCCAAGCAAUGGUUCUACUACUGUGCAGAGUGUAGCUUUCCUGCUCAUCAUGACUGUAUUCUUGGGAAAACCCCAAAUGUCAAGAAACAAAUAUAAUAGCCACCUGUUGGUAGGUGCUACACAUUAAUUUGACUUUCACCCACACACAAUUACUUUCAUUGAAGAAAUAAAGACCACAAGCUAUGUCAAAAGUGAUCUAUCAAUGUGCCAAAUGUAAUUUCAACAUUCACAAUAAUUGUUGAUAGAAAGACCAAUGUUGUUUUAAUUUUUAUUAGUAUAUUUUUCAUUUGGGUUGUGCCUUUAAUUCUUUAUUGUUGAAUCUAUUGUGUUAUUAUGGUUGUCUAUUGGUGUAGUUUUGAGAAACUUUUCUUUUUAGAUGAAGCUUAUUGGCUGUUUUUUGGUUUAUUGGGGGUUGGAUAUCUCCUAUAAGGUGACUAUGUUACCUUUGGAUCUUAUUAUUGUUAUUAUUUUUUGCCCAAAAUGAUAUUGUUUCCUCUAGUUUCUUGUUGGAGUAUGAGAGACAGUAGAUGCAUAUUGAUAACAACAAAAAAUUCUUGAAACUCCAAGCAAACAACCAUAAGAACAGAAAAUUCCUAUCACAACCAAAGCAUACAACCAAA